AUGGGUAUCAAAUUCGUAGAUGAGACGAAAAUUACAUUAAACCCUCGAGAAGAGUCUGGAGAGAACGUUUUGGCUGAGGUAAAUAAAAAGUUAGCGGUGAUUUAUAACCUGGAGAAAAAAAUAGAAGAACUUACCAACAGCGUUGAAUUCUAUGCUGACAUGUAUCAGACAUUACUUGAUUUCAAAGAAGAGUCACAGAAAAAAAUGAAGACUUUAGAACAAAAAAAUGUUUAUUUGGAGAAGUGUAACAAGGCAUUAGAAGAACGGGUACAAGAGUUGGAAAUGAAAGAUAAAGAGAAAAACAUUGAAAUUCACGGAUUAGAGAAGCACGAGAACGAAAAUACCAAAUUAGUAGUCCAAAAAAUGGCACAGAAACUGAAUCUGGACCCAAAUGAUAUUGAAGAGGCACAGAGGGAAUUAGAGAAUCUACUGCAAUCCGUGCCAGCAUCUGACAGUGUUAUAGUAAUUGGCGACACCAAUAUAAACAUAUUGAACGACACGAUUAAUCCGACUGUAUCAAGGUACAAAAACGCCCUGUGUGAAUGCGGCCUGCUGUGUGUAAUACCGAGCGAAGAAGCAACGCGCGAGGCGAUCGCGGACGGCCGGCUUGAGGCAUCGUGUUUGGAUCAUAUCUGGGUGCGAGCGGGACGGAGCGGGCGCGACGCGUGCGCGUAUGUCCUUGAGUCACGAAUCGCCGAUCAUCAUGGAAUCGGAAUAAUGUUGAAUUUAAGUGUGAUUGGAAGCGAAAAUCAAUGUGUGAAUGACAAUAUUAAUAAUAAUAAUAGUAUGCGCGAAGUGUUAAAGGACAAAAUUGUUAAACAAAAGCUGGAUGAAUAUGACUGGGCCCAGUUAAAUACAAUAACGUGUCCGUCAGACAGACAGUACAUAUGUGUCUUCUACGAACAUCUACAAAACGUCUACGUGCUGCUACGAAAACCUCUAUUGUCAAUGUCUACCAUUUUCAAGUUAAAGAUAGAUAUGAAAGAUAUGGUGCCCUAG